AUGGCUGGAACCCGAAUGUAGACCUUAAUCGGAAUUCGACGUGCAUGUAGACACAGUCAGUGGUGUUUGGGCUUGAACCCUGGGUUCGAGUCUUUCGUUCUUCCUGUGACUGCCACAUAGACAAUGCACCAUGCAGUACCUGAAGCGGGAUGAACUAACAACUCGAACCCGAAGACUCGAGAGGUGAACUAAUCAUUUCUGUUUCCGGGGAACAGACAUGACAAAUGUGACGUGACAAAAGAAAGAACGAUUCGGAUCGAGAGGUGAGGUGAACUAACAGACUGCGUAGCCUGAAGACCAGCUAAGCUAUUAAUAUAAAUCAUUAUGUUUCUCAUGAUUCGGGCUUGGCUGCAUUAGCCUAUAGUUUAUUAAAUACUAGAUGUGUUGGGGACUACCUUCUUCCUUUACUUGCUAAUUAUUUUCUGCUGAAAUGAACGAAAUGACUGAAAAAAAGAUUCGUUCAUUUUGCUGAACGAGAUUCAAAGAUCCGAGUCAGUAAAAUGAUCCAAAUUUCCCAUCGCUAGUGUCAGUGUCACUGCUGUGCUGAAAACGAACCGCUUAGUCGCGUAUUAAUGACGCACAAUACGACAUCCGGUCUUAUUUACAACUCCCAUAUAUAUUUGUGUGAUGAGCGCGCGCACCUCAGGAGGGCGGAUCCUCUAUGUACGCGCGCACCUCAGGAGGGCGGAUACUCUACGUAAGCGCGCACUUCAGGAGGGGUGGAUCCUCUACGUACGCGCGCACUUCAGGAGGGGCGGAUCCUCUACGUACGCGCGCACUACGGAUCUUCGACUGAGAUCAUGUGCGGAAGGACAGCCUGCACCCUCGCCCCGGAUGAGCUCCGGCGCGCUUCUCGUUACCGAGACCGGUCCGGACAGCGGCGGCAGCCUCAGUGGAGGGACGGCGAUGCGGACAAAUACCGACCCUCCUACAACAAGAGUCCUCAGUCCUUCAGUCCGGUUCUGCUGUCCAGCAGACACUUCAGUAAGCCUUGUCGGUAUCGGACAGGGAGCCGCGGUGGAUGAGUGCGUGCUGGCGACGAUGCGGUGGGGUCUGGUGCCGGCAUGGUUCAAGGAGAGCGACCCGAGCAAGAUGCAGUACAGCACCUCGAACUGUCGCAGCGAGAGCUUGCUGGAGAAAAAGUCUUACAAGGACCCUCUGUUGAAAGGGCAGCGCUGCGUUAUUCUAGCCGACGGCUUCUACGAGUGGAGGAGGCAGCAGAAGGACAAGCAGCCUUUCUUUAUUUAUUUCCCCCAGAGCCAGACGGAUAAUCGGGACGGGGACGAGAGAGAGACGAAAAACGGUGUUCGGCAUGAAGGACAGGAAAGGGACGCCGAAGAGAGCGGUGAGUGGGCGGGAUGGCGUCUGCUCACCAUAGCGGGGCUGUUUGACUGCUGGACUCCUCCUGGUGGUGGGGAGGUUCUGUACACCUACACCGUGAUCACUGUGAACGCCUCGCCAAACCUGCAGAGCAUCCACGACAGGAUGCCGGCCAUUCUGGAUGGAGAAGAGGAGGUGAGGCGAUGGUUGGAUUUCGGGGAGGUGCGCUCGCUGGAAGCUCUUAAGUUGCUUCAGUCUAAAUCCUGCCUUACGUUUCACCCCGUCUCGUCAAUCGUCAACAACUCGCGCAACAACUCCCCCGAGUGCCUGCAGCCGCUGGACCCCAACGCCAAGAAGGCUCCUCCUCAAGCUUCGGCCAGCAGCAAGAUGAUGAUGAGCUGGCUGAAAAACGGAUCCCCCGGUAAGAAGAAAGCACCCGAUGAUGCCGAACUUAAAGAAACGGUAGGAAAGUCUCCGUCUGGGUCUCAGACGUCCAAAGCCGUCGGGCCGCUGCAGCAGUGGCUGCUGGGAAACGGGGCCAGCAAGAGACCAAGAACAUAACGCUCCCAUACUUUGACGACGUUGGCAGCACUGAAUGCUACUGGAAUUCUUUUGCUGAAUGAACGAAUGCUCUGAUGGAAGUUCUGCUUCACUUCCUGAGACACUUGAGUAUUUUAAAACCAAUACAUUCAUUCACAAUAACUCCGAUCCGGCAGUGCAUUUUCUGUGCCUAUUGUUUUGUAUGAUUUUUACUCCUGUUUCUUAACGGUUUGGGUUGCAGCAUUUAAAAAAAAAAAAAAAAAAAAAAAAAAAAAAAGCCAGUUAAAAUCUACCGCAUACGUGUUGUACUGUAUGAUUCCGUUAUAUUAUUAUUAUUAUGAAAGAAAGGACCGAUGAUUAGCUCCCCAUUUCAAGCUCUCUGCUUGGGUGGACUGGUUAAACAGAGGCAGUGUAAAAAAAAAAAAAAAAAGACAUUUAUUAUCUAUAAGAAAGUAAAAAGCCUCAAAAUGUUUUGCAUUAUUGCUAAUAGGCAUUAUAAGUGUAUCAGGUUUACAGUAGCAGUUCAAGGGCCUGUUGAGAACGGUGAAGCUGUCCGACAGCUUACUUUCGCAACUGCAAGUUUAACGUACCGUCUCUCUAAUUUGUUUCCCUUGGACUCGCUCUACUAAUUCAAUUUCUUCAGAUCUUUACUUGACUCCUAAAAGUUCGGGGCAAUUCGCAGACCGAGUGAAAAAUGUUCGUCUUAACCGAAAACGUUCCAGUGCCUGCCGACGGUCACAAUGCUGUGCUGUGCGUAUGAAAACUCAUUAAACCUUAAGCAUAAAAAAAAAAAAAGAAAAAGUACUGCGCAAAAGAUUUAUUCAACAAGUUUUUUACAUUUUUUUUUAUUACUUUGAAAUACAUUUAUUUUUCAAACGAUGUAUAUGCUGUGCUGUAAUAAAUGUUUCAUUAGUCACGA